AUGUCAGAAGCGUUUAACAGUGUAAUAUUACAUGCAAGAGUUGGUCAGGACUGUGAAUCUUUAAGUGGUGUUGGUGAUAGUGGUGGUGGUUGUGGUGGUGAUUGCAGCGGCGACUAUGACGACGAAGGUGGUGGUUGUUGUUGUGGUGGUGGUGAUAGUGGUGUUGGUGCUGGUGGUGGUGCUUGUGUUAGUGGUGGUAUUGACGGCGGCGACAACAAUGGUUAUGGUGGUAGUGGUGGUAGUGAUGGUGGUGGUGGUGGUGUUGACGGCAAUGGUGGUGGUAGUGGUGGUGGCAUCGCCAGCGAUGACAGUGGUGGUGGUGGUGAUGGUUGUGGUGUCGCCGGCAGUUGCAGUAGGGGAGGCGGUCGUUGUGGUGGUGCUGCUCGUGUUAGUGGUUGCGAGGGUGGCGGCGACUGCAGUGGUGGUGGUGGUUUUUGUAGCGGUAGUGAUGGUGGUUGUGGAGGUGGUUGA